GCUUGAGGGUUGCACCUAGUCUGUGCAGGAUGGUGUGAACUUCAGUGAAGCUUGAACGAGCUUUUAUUUGACUUUUAAAUUACAAACCUAAUUUAUCUUGUCUGACUUAGAACUGGAAUUUUUUUUACCUGUUGAUUUUUGUUUCAUUAUUUAAUAUUUAUUUUGCAUGUGAGUCUGUGUGAGAGCAAGUUUGACUCAGACAUGGCUGAGGUACCGCCACCACAGCCGGUCGAAAUAGACCCGGAAUUUGAGCCUCUCUCCCGCCCGCGGUCCUGUACCUGGCCGCUGCCCCGGCCGGAGAUCAACGACCCGGCCAGCUCCAACACAUCCUCCCCGCUACCAUCGGUGCAGCAGGAGCCGGGAGGAAACAGCGAGUUCAUCAGUAACCUCGGCUUGUUGGAGGAAGACUAUGAAGAAUAUGCAGAGCAGAAACCGCCUGUGCCCUGCAAUGAUUUUCAGUGUGUGGAGGGAAACUGUGUGCAACCACGCCACCAUCUCCACAACCACCAUCAUCAUCCUCUUCAGCAGCAGCAGCAGCAGCUCCCGGGUCCGCAGCUGCCGCCUCAGCAACAGGUGCCUCUUACUGGUGUCGCACCCCUGGGCAGCUCCGGCCAGAGGAAGAGCAGCUCUUCCCGUCGUAACGCCUGGGGGAACAUGUCGUACGCUGAUCUGAUCACCAAGGCGAUAGACAGCUCACCUGAGAAGCGACUGACACUGUCUCAGAUUUAUGACUGGAUGGUCAAGAAUGUGCCUUACUUCAAGGAUAAAGGAGACAGUAACAGCUCGGCGGGCUGGAAGAACUCCAUCAGACACAACCUGUCCCUGCACAGUCGCUUUGUGCGCAUACAAAACGAGGGAACAGGAAAAAGCUCCUGGUGGAUGCUAAACCCAGAGGGGGGAAAGAGCGGAAAGUCACCUCGACGCAGAGCUGCCUCCAUGGACAACAACAGUAAGUUUGCCAAGAGCAGAGGAAGGGCCACAAAGAAAAAGAUGGCUCUACAGGAAGAGGUCGAGGGAGGAGCAGGCAGCCUUGGCUCCCAGUACUCUAACUGGCUGGGAAGCCCAAACUCCCACAGUAACGAGGACUUUGAAGCUUGGAGCUCCUUUAGGACGCGCACCAGCUCUGACGCCAGCACCCUGAGUGGUUGCCAUUCACCUUUCCCUUCUGAACAGGAUGACCUGGGAGAGUCUGAAGGCCAUAUGAUAUACCCUGGAGUGGCGGGGACCAAGAUAACCUCCACCCUGCCCAGCCUGUCCGAGGUAGCUGGAUCGAUGGGCCAACAUGGCUCAGAGAACGUCAUGGAGAGUCUGCUGGAUAACCUGAACCUGCUGUCUCCUAAAACAACGCAGCUGGGUUCUGACUCCUCACAUUCAUCAAAUACUGCCAUGCUUCAGAGUAGUCCCUACAGCUCUGCUGGCUUGACCCCGCACCCACAGAAGGACUACCGUAAGUGCAUGUACAGCCAGGUGAGGAUGAACUCCAUGUCCCCUGCCCCCAUGCAGACAUUUCCAGAGACCAAGCCAGGCUUCAGGGCAUAUGAGAACCAGUAUAUCUGCCCUGCUGGCCUCCUCAAAGAGCUGCUGACCUCAGAUGCAGAGGCCAGCAGAGAUACACAGGCAUCUCAGGUUGGGAGGGGAGGUUGCCUCAUGCCCACUUACAGCCACCGGAGCCACAGAGGGGGUCAUGAUGGAGUAAAAAUGAUAAAUCCUCCUCCAAGUCUCCCAGAUCCUCAUGUAAAUCUGCACGCUAUACAUAGACAAGGUCCUUCAACCUCACACGAUUUGAAUAGCUGUAACAUGAUCCCCCUGACUAGUCUGACUAGUCUUUCAGGGGCCCCUCGAAUGACCAGCCUGAGGACAUGCAUGCAGCUGCCCCGUGGACACCCGGCACACAAUAAUGCUGUUUCGGCAAGCUAUGGCAGCAACAACGGCUACAGGGAACUCAGCUCGGUUCAUCCACACAGCCAUCAUCAGGAGCGGCUGCCCAGUGACCUGGAUAACAUGUCCAUUGAGAGGUUUGAAUGUGACAUGGAGACUGUCCUCCAUGAAACCCUCAUGGAUGGCGGGGCCCUGGACUUUAACUUUGACCCUGCAGCUGGGCCUCAUGGAUUUCCCCAGAGGGUGAAGCCCACCACACAUAGCUGGGUGUCAGGCUAGGAUGCAUGGUGGA